CACACUUCUCCACCUCCUCUCUCUCCCUCUCCUCACUUCUCCUCUGCAUUUUACACACUCGCUUCUCACUGCUUUCCACGCGAACACCUCAAACUCAUCAAGAACAGCACAGAAGGAACGUACGAAAGAGGAAGGAAGGAAUGUCUACGUUCAUGCUUCUCCUCCUCCUCGCCUCUUCCAUUGCUUCCCUGACGACGUCGGCCUCCGACGACUACACAGACUUUGUUUACGCCGGUUGCUCGCAGCCUAAGUACACCCUGGGCUCGCCCUACCAGCUCAACGUCGAUUCCGUCGUCACCUCCCUCGCCAACGCCGCCGCCUUCUCCACCUACGCCAACUUCACCUCAUCCGCCGCCGGUGGGUCGUUCCCGGCCUACGGUCUCUUCCAGUGCCGCGGCGACCUCCCCUUCUCCGACUGCGACUCCUGCGUCCGCUCCGGACUGUCCCGGCUCUCCGCCUUCUGCCCCUCCGCCGCCGGCGCCGCCGUCCAGCUCAGGGGAUGCUUCCUCCGCUACGGCAACGACUCCUUCCUCGGCAAGCCCGACACCAGCGUCCUCUACAAGAAGUGCGGCCCCGCCGCCGCCGGGGGCUACAACUCCGACCAGCUCGGCAUGCGCGACGCCGCGCUCGCCGACCUCACGUCCGGCGCCGCCGGGGGGAGCUACAGGGUCGGCGCCGCCGGAUACGUGCAGGCGAUGGCGCAGUGCGUCGGGGACCAGAGCGCGAAGGAGUGCGACGACUGUGUGGCAGCGGCGGUGGCGCACCUCAGGGCCGUGUGCGGGUUCGCCGUCGCCGGCGAUGCUUACCUCGGCAAGUGCUACGCCAAGUAUUGGUCCAAUGGAGUCUACACCACAUCCAAGACUGACCAUGGUGAUGAGGCUGGGAAGACACUGGCAAUUAUCAUUGGCCUCAUGGCAGGAGUAGCUCUCAUAAUUGUCUUCCUAUCCUUCCUCAGAAGAGCUGGACAUGAUGGUAAAUACUAAGGUGAAGUGGAAGCAUAGUGCUUUUGGGGCCUCUCUCCUUGUUCUGCUUUCUUCUCUUUAAUUUCUUUUAGCUUUAUGGAGACUUUUAAAGGAGUGGGAGGGGGGAGACUUAGAAAGAUGUGGAUGAGCAACUUCCUCGAGAUGAGUGAAGUGGAAAUGGUUCCCCAAUUGGAUCAAAGAGGAAGAUUGUUAACACACCCCACACUACUCUAAAUCCAUGUAAAAAUAAGCUAUUUCAUAUUUUGAUCAUUCUGAACAAAUAAUUCUAGCUUUUGAAUGGGUCUAAUUUAGUGCA